UCCCAAUCCAAAAGGAGACUGGGGAACCAGAACCACGAAAAGCAGAGACUUCAUACAAGGUUGCCUAUCUCAGAGAGACGCACCUGUCCCAUGCCACACAAGAAGCCAGUGGAGACAGAGGGCCUGGCCGAGGGCAAAGUGGAGCAAGGAAAGCGGCCUGCCAGGCAUGACAGUGAGUCCAAGGACAGCAAAACUGAAAACCCUGCCUCCCAGGAAAGCUCACAGUCGGGCCCUCAUACCAAGCACAGCAAGAAGCAUGAAGAUGACCCUCAUGCAGCUGCAACCAAGGCCUAUUCCCCUUUCCUCAACAAGGUCUUCGGCAAGGAGAGAGAGCUUUCCACAUUGGAACUGGAUGAGCUGCUAGAUGCUUUCAAGGAAUUUGAUACGGAUCAGGAUGGCUUCCUCAGCUACAAAGAUCUGGGAGAUUGCAUGCGAACCAUGGGCUACAUGCCCACAGAGAUGGAGCUACUGGAGGUCUCCCAGCACAUCAAAAUGCGCAUGGGAGGGCGUAUAGAUUUUGAGGAGUUUGUAGAGAUGAUGAGACCCAAAGUGCUUGAGGAAACAGCUCAUAUGGUGGGUGUGAGGGAGCUGAAGAUCGCCUUCCGUGAGUUUGAUACAGAUGGAGAUGGAGCUAUCAGCAGUUUAGAGCUGCGCCAAGCUGUGACUGCUCUCUUAGAUGAGCAACUCAAUGCCCAAGAGUUGGAUGAGAUCCUGCAGGAUGUAGAUCUCAAUGGAGAUGGAAAAGUGGACUUUGAUGAGUUUGUCAUGAUGCUGUCAUCUGUGUAACAAGAACCAGAGGAGAAGAAUGGGGAUGUCUUUUUGUUUCCAGAAUUACCUCACUCAGUAAUGAGAGGGAAUUGGUUUCUGCUGCCAGCUUUUUUCACUUCCUAGAGAUAAGAACAUCACAACAGGAAGUGAAAUUCUCUUUCCCCAAGUCUGGAUCCAAAGUAUCUCAGGGAGCAGAUACUAACUGUGUGUGCAGAAAGAUUUUGUGUUUUGAGGCAAAAUGGCUGGGUUAAGCCUAGAGAACUCACCUGGUACCAUCUUUGCUUGUUAGGAACAGAAAGCACUUCAGGACCCAUAUCUAUGUGUGGCAAGGCCUGGCAAAUUCUGUCCAGGUAUGGAGCCAUACCCAGGUGUACUUUGAUUUCCUGUGACAUUCCCACCCCCACCCUCCACCAUCAGCUCAACAUUCCUGGAGACUUAAACUGUUUGAAGUUAAUAGUUCAUUCAUCCAAAUACUGUAUAUUCUGUUGAGCUGAAUGAUGUAUUUUUUAAAUUCCCUCAGAGCAAAAUAAAUAAAUGAAUGACAAGUCUCUUUAAAAUAAAGGGAAAGAGACUCAUAGAUCUCAUUCAUGAAGACCCCUCACAGGAACCUAUAAGGAUGUGUGUCCUAUUUCAGU